AUGUCUUAUUACUUUACCAUUCUAUCUCCCACUGACGCUCCGCUUUUUAGUCAAGAGUUUGGCACCUCGAAGACCGGUGGUGAUGGGGCCUCAAGAUUCCGUUUCCCUGAUAACGCGCAGUACAUGAAUCAAUUCAUUGUUCAUGCUAGUCUAGAUAUCGUGGAGGAGGUACAAUGGACCAACGGUGCCAUGUACUUGAAGCAUGUUGACACCUAUCCUCCUGCUUCAGCAUACGUCUCUGCUUUCUUAACCGGUACCGGUGUACGAUUCAUUCUUCUCCACCAACCGCUACUUCCUUCAUCAUCCAAUGCUCUCUCGGGUGGCGGCCGCGCAUCGUCUUCAUCCAUUGCAAAUAAUCCUACAUCUCCACAGACCGAAGAGGCUAUACGACAAUUUAUGAACGAAAUAUACGAGAAUUGGGUAAAAACAGUGAUGAGUCCAUUUUAUGGAAGAGGCAUGGAAAUUACCAGCCCUGUCUUUCGGAAUAAAGUAUUGGCGGCAGGGAAGAAAUGGCUAUAG